AUGGUUGAAACACUUAAACGCCCUACGUUCCUUCGUAAUGAUGAUGAUGAUGAUGAUGAUGAUGAUGAUGAUGAUGAUGAUGAUGAUGAUGAUGAUGAUGAUCAUGAUCAUGAUGAUGAGGAUGAUGAUGAUGAUGAGGAUGAUGAUGAUGAUGAUGAUGAUGAUGAUGAUGAUGAUGAUGAUGAUGAUGAUGAUGAUGAUGAUGAUGAUGAUGAUGAUGAUGAUGAUGAUGAUGAUGAUGAUGAUGAUGAUGAUGAUGAUGAUGAUGAUGAUGAUGAUGAUGAUGAUGAUGAUGAUGAUGAUGAUGAUGAUGAUGAUGAUGAUGAUGAUGAUGAUGAUGAUGAUGAUGAUGAUGAUGAUGAUGAUGAUGAUGAUGAUGAUGAUGAUGAUGAUGAUGAUGAUGAUGAUGAUGAUGAUGAUGAUGAUGAUGAUGAUGAUGAUGAUGAUGAUGAUGAUGAUGAUGAUGAUGAUGAUGAUGAUGAUGAUGAUGAUGAUGAUGAUGAUGAUGAUGAUGAUGAUGAUGAUGAUGAUGAUGAUGAUGAUGAUGAUGAUGAUGAUGAUGAUGAUGAUGAUGAUGAUGAUGAUGAUGAUGAUGAUGAUGAUGAUGAUGAUGAUGAUGAUGAUGAUGAUGAUGAUGAUGAUGAUGAUGAUGAUGAUGAUGAUGAUGAUGAUGAUGAUGAUGAUGAUGAUGAUGAUGAUGAUGAUGAUGAUGAUGAUGAUGAUGAUGAUGAUGAUGAUGAUGAUGAUGAUGAUGAUGAUGAUGAUGAUGAUGAUGAUGAUGAUGAUGAUGAUGAUGAUGAUGAUGAUGAUGAUGAUGAUGAUGAUGAUGAUGAUGAUGAUGAUGAUGAUGAUGAUGAUGAUGAUGAUGAUGAUGAUGAUGAAUACUGA